GUUUUAUAUAAAGUAUCAACAUCAUCAUCACCAUGAUUAGUAAUCCCACUUCCAUUUUUGAUUAUAUAAUAAUGGGUUGGGAUUUGUUUUGCAUUUCUAAUUUGGAACCAGCUGAUCUACACUGGGAACUCGUUCACAGAGCCUGGACAAAUAAAAAUUCCAGCUUUGGCUAUUAUUUAUGGGUGUCAUCAACUAACUGUUAACCAUCUUUGGGAACCAAACCGACCCUCUAACAGUCUUUUUCUUUUUUUUGCUUCUACAAGAAAAAAAAUUACUAUUUUUUCUCUCUUGGAUCCAUGUCCUUGGUGAAUAUUAAAGUUAGGAGUAAACCCACUGAGGAAGGUUGGGAUAUUAUUUUUACAUAUAUAUUUAUUUGGGGUAUAAGAUUAAGGCGGUACCUCGAUGAACUGGUAUAGCUCUUGGCUUUGGAGGGCGGGUCCACAGACACAGCAGGGCGGUGAUCGAGAUUUUUUGUGUGCUUUUCCAUGAGAUGGGAUUGGGGGGUUUAAUUGGCACACUUGGGAUUUUCACUUCCAGCUCCUCUCCUUUCCAUCCUCCCUUUCUUUGCUCGCUUGGGGUUUGGUUGGCUUGCACUGAGUCUUGAAUUUAUUGGUUUUUGCUUUCUGAAGCUUCACAAGUUUUGGCAAAAUGUCCUCUUCAAGGCCCACCAACUCAUCCAGCUCAAGACACAGUGCAAGGAUUAUUGCUCAGACCACUGUAGAUGCAAAGCUUCAUGCAGAUUUUGAGGAGACGGGUAGUUCCUUUGACUACUCAAGCUCAGUACGUGUUACCAAUUCAGUUGGCCUGGAUGUGCCACCUAGGACUAACAAAGUAACAACUGCUUAUCUCCACCAAAUUCAGAAAGGAAAGCUGAUCCAGCCAUUUGGUUGCUUGCUGGCCUUAGAUGAAAAAACUCUAAAGGUCAUCGCAUAUAGUGAGAAUGCUCCUGAAAUGUUGACAAUGGUCAGUCAUGCAGUUCCAAGUGUUGGGGAUCACCCUGUUCUUGGCAUUGGAACAGACGUCAGGACAAUUUUUACUGGUCCUAGUGCCUCUGCAUUGCAAAAGGCACUAGGAUUUGGGGAGGUUUCUCUCUUGAAUCCCAUACUAGUCCAUUGUAAGACCUCUGGAAAGCCAUUUUAUGCGAUUGUCCAUAGGGUAACAGGUAGCUUGAUAGUUGACUUUGAGCCAGUGAAGCCGUAUGAAGUCCCCAUGACUGCUGCUGGGGCUCUGCAAUCAUACAAGCUAGCAGCCAAAGCAAUUACCCGAUUGCAGUCUUUGCCAAGUGGGAGCAUGGAGAGACUUUGUGAUACGAUGGUCCAAGAGGUUUUUGAACUCACAGGUUAUGACAGGGUGAUGGCCUAUAAGUUUCAUGAUGAUGAUCAUGGAGAAGUGGUCUCUGAGAUCACAAAGCCUGGUCUGGAGCCAUAUCUGGGUUUGCAUUAUCCAGCCACUGAUAUCCCACAGGCUUCACGAUUCUUGUUUAUGAAAAAUAAGGUUCGUAUGAUUGUUGAUUGUCGUGCAAAACAUGUGAAGGUGCUUCAAGAUGAGAAACUUCAAUUUGAUCUAACCUUUUGUGGUUCAACAUUAAGAGCUCCACAUAGUUGCCAUGUACAAUAUAUGGAGAACAUGGAUUCCAUUGCUUCGCUGGUUAUGGCUGUAGUGGUCAAUGAGGGGGAUGAUGAGGGUGAUAGCCCUGAUUCUGCACAGCCACAGAAGAGAAAGAGACUCUGGGGUUUAGUAGUGUGCCACAACACAACUCCCAGAUUUGUUCCGUUCCCUCUUAGGUAUGCUUGUGAGUUCCUAGCCCAAGUAUUUGCUAUCCAUGUGAAUAAGGAAUUUGAAUUAGAAAAUCAGAUCAUUGAGAAGAAGAUCCUGCGGACUCAGACACUUUUGUGUGAUAUGCUGAUGAGAGACGCACCAUUGGGUAUUGUGAAUCAAAGCCCAAAUAUAAUGGAUUUGGUGAAAUGUGAUGGGGCUGCUUUAUUAUACAAAGGCAAGAUCUGGAGACUAGGAGUCAGUCCCAGUGACUACCAUAUUCAUGACAUAGUCUCAUGGCUCUCUGAGUACCAUAUGGAUUCCACAGGUUUGAGUACAGAUAGCUUGCAUGAUGCUGGUUUUCCUGGAGCUCUUGCUCUCGGUGAUGGAGUAUGUGGAAUGGCAGCUGUAAGAAUAACUUCCAAGGACAUGAUUUUCUGGUUCCGGUCCCACACAGCUGGAGAAGUCCGAUGGGGUGGUGCAAAACAUGAACCUGGUGAGCAGGAUGAUGGUAGAAAGAUGCACCCAAGGUCAUCUUUUAAGGCUUUUCUUGAAGUUGUCAAAACAAGGAGCUUACCUUGGAAGGAUUACGAAAUGGAUGCGAUCCAUUCAUUGCAGCUUAUCCUGAGAAAUGCAUUUAAAGAUGUUGAAACCUUGGAUGCAAAAACCAAUACAAUUCAUUCAAGGCUGAAUGAUUUAAAGAUUGAGGGGAUGCAAGAACUUGAAGCUGUGACAAGUGAGAUGGUUCGCUUGAUUGAAACAGCCACGGUGCCAAUUUUAGCAGUAGAUGUUGAUGGGUUGGUUAAUGGGUGGAAUACAAAAAUUGCUGAGCUAACUGGUCUUCCUGUUGAUAAAGCAAUUGGAAAGCAUUUGCUCACACUUGUGGAAGAUUCUUCAAUAGAUGUAGUAAAAAAGAUGUUGGACUUGGCAUUGCACGGCAAAGAGGAGAAAAAUGUACAAUUUGAGAUCAAAACACAUGCUUCUAAGAUUGACUCUGGUCCCAUUAGCUUAGUAGUGAAUGCUUGUGCAAGCAGGGACCUUUCUGAAAAUGUUGUUGGGGUGUGUUUUGUGGCACAAGAUAUUACUGGUCAGAAGACUGUGAUGGACAAGUUUACCCGGAUUGAAGGCGAUUAUAAAGCAAUUGUGCAGAAUCCAAACCCACUGAUACCUCCAAUAUUUGGUGCUGAUGAAUUUGGCUGGUGCUCUGAGUGGAAUCCAGCAAUGAUAAAGUUAACUGGGUGGAAACGAGAAGAGGUAGUGGAUAAAAUGCUUUUGGGGGAGGUUUUUGGGAUCCACACGGCAUGUUGUCGUCUCAAGAAUCAGGAAACAUUUAUAAAUCUUGGUGUUGUACUUAAUCAUGCCAUGACUGGUCAGGAGCUGGAAAAGGUUCCUUUUGGUUUUUUUUCCCGGAAUGGAAAAUAUAUAGAAUGCCUACUGUGUGUCACUAAGAAAUUGGACAGAGAGGGUGCAGUCACUGGGGUCUUUUGCUUCUUGCAGCUUGCUAGCCAAGAGCUGCAGCACGCACUUAAUGUCCAGCGCCUAACCGAGCAAACUGCUGUGAAGAGAUUGAAAGCAUUAACUUAUAUAAAGAGACAGAUCCGUAACCCAUUAUCUGGAAUAAUAUUUUCUAGGAAAAUGUUGGAAGGUACAGAGUUGGGAGCAGAACAGAAGCAGCUUCUGCAUACUAGUGCUCAGUGCCAGCGUCAGCUCAGCAAGGUUCUUGAUGAUUCUGACCUCGAUAUCAUCAUAGAUGGCUACUCAGAUCUCGAAAUGGUCGAGUUCACUUUACAUGAAGUAUUAGUUGCCUCUAUCAGUCAAGUCAUGAUGAAGAGUAAAGCGAGGGGAAUUCGUUUAGUUAAUGAUGCGGUAGAAGAGAUCAUGACUGAAACCUUAUACGGUGAUAGUCUCAGGCUUCAACAAGUGUUGGCUGAUUUCUUAUUGGUAGCAGUUAAUGUCACGCCGACUGGAGGCCAGCUUGUUAUUGCAGCCAGUUUGAGCAAAGAUCAGUUGGGAGAGUCUGUUCAUCUUGUGCAUGUGGUGAUAAGGAUAACACAUACUGGUGCUGGGAUGCCAGAAGCAUUGCUGAACCAGAUGUUUGGAAACGAUGAAACUAUAUCGGAGGAGGGUCUGGGCCUUCUCGUCAGCAGGAAACUGGUGAAGCUGAUGAAUGGAGAUGUAAAAUAUCUGAGGGAAGCUGGAAAAUCGAGCUUCAUCAUAUCGGCAGAGCUUGCUGGUACCCAGAAAUCUGGUAAACGGAGUUUGGGCAAGAAUCAUGAUGAAAUCUGAUUUUGUAUAAUUUUUUUGGAGGAUUUUGAGAGUUGAGCACCAAUGGUUUUGGCAUGCUUUGUAAUUUUAAUGCAAACUCCUUUGGUCGUUGUUAAGGUUGCUGUAUUGCUUUUUCAACUGUAAAUAUGCAUGUCAAUAUUUCUUCC